GUAUGUAUCGAUGUUGUUUGCUGCAAAGCGGAUAAGCAGAGAAACUCUGUGACACGCACAUUUCAAGUGCAAUUCAUAGUAAUUUAGUAGAUUCGCGCGUGCAAACAAUUAUUUGAAUACACUGAGUUAUGGCUAUAGUUAAGUUUUACUUUAUUAAAAAUUCACGUGUUUUUAAGUAAGCGUAAUGUCGGGUAAUAAAAACAACGAGUCAAAGAUAACCUUCACCAUGUCAAAGGAGGAGGUCCCUGAUAUUUCUCCUGUCUUAUUCCUGGACGAAAGUGGACAAUCAAUGCGCUUCUAUGUGAGGCCCGGUCCAACUAAAACACAACUUUAUUCUCUGGUAACUAACGGAGGAGGUACUUUGUGUCGCAAUCAAGAGCCAGGAGCCAUUUUGCUGAUCGAUCCCGGGGACGCGACUACUGUGACGUCGAGCGCCGGACAAAAGUACAUCUCUACAAAAUACAUCAGUGAUUGUGUAGAGCAGAACCAGCAGUUGAAUCUGGAUGACUAUGUGAUUAGCGUGGGACCGUCUGUCCAGACGAGGAUGGCAACCCGUCAUCAGAGCAAUGGGCGGUUGGGUUACUCGCCUGAAGACGACGCGGCCAUCUUGAAGUUUAUGGAAAAGCGUCAACAUGAAGCCAAAGGCAACCUGGUUUGGAAAGAGAUGGAGAAGCGGCACGUGACCAACCACAGCUGGCAGUCCAUGAGGAAUCGGUUUCUAAAGCACCUCCAGGAUAGACUCGUGAAGAAAAGUCCCACGAAAAGAAAACCGCUUUGUUUUACGCAAAGCCCGUUGCGUAAGAAGAAUGUCACCGAGAACGCAGAACCUGAGACUGAUACCUUACAAAACUCUCCUCAAAAGUCCGUCGUUGUGCCGGAUUCAUCUGAAACGCAAAUAGCCACAGAAAACGGUGUGUGUCUGGCGACUGUGAGGACCGACCCUCAGCCUUCUCCAGAGGGAGCCAGCUCUCCUCUAGACGUGGCUGAUGCUGCAGGAGAGCCGCCGCAGGCCUCGAGCCACGACAGUCAGGACGAGUCUCCUGUCCCGGUCCAAGAACAAGAAACACCAGAGCCUGAGAUGUCCAAAAGACCUAGAUUAGAUGAAGGAUGUAAUGGACAAGAUGUUCCAGAUGGAUCAAAGGAACUUUCAACUCCCAACAAAACACGACAAACUGUCUGCAAAACCGCCACGCCUGAAUCUAGGAAACUUGGGAUUCUUGCAAAAGCUGCAAGAGAAUUUGAGGACUCAGAUGUGAUGGAUGAAAGUGAAGAAGGCGAGGAUCCAUUUGAAGCACCAAUCGCCAAGCCGUCAGAUGCACAAGAAAGUUCAGCAUCACCUGCAACAUUAACUAAGGACCCAGAAACUCGAGCUGAGCUUAACCAAAACGGCCAGCAGGAAGCACCAGAAGCUCUUUGUCCCUCACCAGCACCUGAGGAAGAGCGUCCAGGUCCUAGUUCCACAGCUGUCCCUACGUCUUCAUCCCACGUCUUCAUCCUUGACUCCGAGUCACAGGACAAACGCGACAGCCAAACGAGAGGAACUCCAGAGGAAACUCCCUCCAAAGACUUGGUAGAACAUGUCGAGAACUUGAUGGAAAAGACCAAGAAAGAUCUGGUCGAGGUGACCAAGGCCCUGUGGAAAGCCAGUGGUGACUUAAAAAGAGCUCAGGCGUAUCUGUUAGAUGGCUACGACCAUGAGAUUCACGGGCCUGUCUGGACCCAUCUGGACGAUGAGAUCCUCCUGUUGGCUGAUCCGUAUGAACUUGAGCAGCUUCAAUCCAAAUAUGGACAGGAGGAAGUGACCAGGAGAAGAGAUUUCCUCACGGCUGGCAUUAACUGAGAGGAUUUGUUUGGUUCAAUGGGUGUUUUCUGAAACCAGCAGCUCAACUAGACACAACUAGUUACCGUUUUCACACAAUUUUGUAUUCCUAGUUUGGUAAAAUUCAGAUUUAUGUUGAUACAUUUCUAAAAUAAUUUUGCUAAUCAGUACAUUGAUAAAUGUGUAUUAAAGUAUUUUUCUAACUAAUGGCGUAUCACUGUGUCAAACACAAUAUUAUCGAAUGAGUGUUGCUUGGCAUAUUCACAUUUACCACACACUUCUAAAUGUCUUACACUUAUAAAUAUUAUUAUAAUUACUACAGGCUAAAUCCAUACCUUAAAUAUAACUUACAGAAUUUUUAGAUGUGAAAAAGAUACUUUUAAACCUUAGUUUUUGCCAAAUCUACGUUCGGCGAUGUUUUGCAGGCAAAAUCCAGUCAGUUUAAUGGGAAUCCAAUCCACAUGCUUUUUCCUUCACAGAUUUUGCAAGCUGCUUGGUUAUAACUGAAUUUUGUUGAAUGUAUUUCAUAUACAGCUGCUACACUAUUGACAAUAUAUGAACCUUUUUGCCGGCGGAGUUUCGCUAUUAAUGCAGGUUUAUUGCAGUUAUGACACUUUAAUAUCUGAAGCGGUCAAUUCUUAUCAUUCUAAAGUUUUAGAUAUGACCAAAUG